AUGCCUUUAGGAAAUCUGUGUGAAUACUUGCUGGGUCCUAUAUUAAGUGUACCAAUUUAUAUAAUGUUCCUAGCUCUAUCUUUAGUAAAAGAAUUAAUUCUAGUUGAUAUACUCUUAUCUGAAUCUCCUGUGUUCCUAGCCACUAAAAAUCAAAGUACUGCAGCAUUAUUAUCAUUAAUUAAAUUAAAAGGUAAUAAAAAUGCAAUAGAAAUUGAUAUUGAUAUAAAAAAUAUCGAGAAUUCUCUGAAAAACGCGCAAGAGACUUUAAAGAAGAAUGGUUUACUGGAUUUGUUUAGAAGCAGAAGUGUUAGAGACGGGCUCUAGUAAUAUCGUUGGUAAUAAAUAUGACAGUUGUCAGGAGUUAUCAGUAUCUUGAAAUUUUUAGGCCCCGUAUUUAUUGAAAUUAGCGAAAAAAAUUUCGGAAAUAAUGUGGCUAUUUUAGUAGGUACUGUUAAGUUUGUUAAUUUCUUUAUUUGCUCGAUGGUCAUGGAAAAAGUAGGUAGGAGACCACUAUUACUGGCUUCCUCCUGAAAAUGGAAUAUUCCUUCUUCUACUUGGUUUAUUCUUCUUCCUGAAACAUCGUCCUUCUAUUCCUACUAGUAGUAUAACAUGG